AUGCACGGAUCUGGAUAUAUUGUAACCGGUAAAGCAAUAACUGCUUUAAUGGAGCAUACAAAAGCUGUACAUGCUAUUCAUAUUGAAGAUCUUCUUUGGAAUGGAAUUUUGGCUGAUAGAGGAAAUGUUGUUCGUUUUGAAGGGGGAAAUGAUCAUUUUCUUGAGGGAACUUUAGAAGACAAGGAAAAAUGUGAAGAUGGGCAACCUAUAAUUUUUUGUUUAUAUCAAGUGGCUCUCUCAAGUAUUAAAGCAUAUAAAGGAGAAUAUAAAAAAUUACAUGAGUUAAAAUGUCUUGAAUAA